CGCCGCUGCCGCCGCCGCAGGUCACGGCCCCGCCAGGCGACCGCGGCCCCGCCGCACCGGAGCAGGGGUACAGGCAUGGAUGGGAAGAAAUGCAGCAUAUGGAUGUUUUUACCCCUUGUAUUUACCUUGUUUACUUCAGCUGGAUUGUGGAUAGUAUACUUUAUAGCUGUGGAAGAUGACAAAAUUUUCCCAUUAAACUCAGCUGAAAGGAAACCUGGUGUGAAGCAUGCACCAUAUAUAAGUAUUGCAGGUGAUGAACCUCCUGCAAGCUGUGUGUUUAGUCAAGUUAUGAACAUGGCAGCAUUCCUAGCUCUGGUGGUAGCUGUUCUGCGCUUCAUACAACUGAAACCAAAGGUUUUAAAUCCGUGGCUGAAUAUUAGUGGAUUGGUGGCGCUCUGUCUGGCUUCCUUUGGAAUGACCUUACUUGGUAAUUUUCAGCUCACAAAUGAUGAAGAAAUCCAUAAUGUCGGAACUUCCUUGACUUUUGGAUUUGGCACGUUGACCUGCUGGAUCCAGGCUGCAUUGACACUCAAAGUAAACAUCAAGAACGAAGGACGGAAAGUUGGAAUUCCACGAGUUAUUCUCUCAGCAUCUGUCACUCUCUGCGUGGUCCUCUACUUCAUCCUCAUGGCCCAAGGCAUCCACCUGUACGCAGCCAGGGUCCAGUGGGGCCUGGUCAUGUGCUUCCUGUCUUACUUUGGCACCUUUGCUGUGGAGUUCCGGCAUUAUCGUUACGAGAUUGUAUGUUCCGAAUACCAGGAGACUUUCCUAAGCUUCUCAGAAAGCCUGUCUGAAGCUUCUGAAUAUCAAACCGACCAGGUGUAA